UCCUAUAUUCUCUCUCUCACUGACAGACGCAGAUAGACCUUCUGAAACGGACAGAGAGCUCUUGGCAUAGACAUCCCACUGAUUAUUUUCAUUCGUUUCUUUCGGAAAUACAGUCGUUUUUUUCUUCACUUCUGGAUAUACAGACGAGCCAUUUUGUAUAAGUAAAGGAGUAAAUAUAUCAGUUAUCUGUUUUUUUCGGUGGAAUGGGUGAUUGCUGGUCGACAGGCCGUGGAGGCGGAUGGCAAGUACUGUUUUUCAUUCUUUGUCUAUGCGCCCUAGAUUCCGUGACUGGGCAGGCACGGUAUACCAUACCCGAGGAGCAGGCAGAAGGGUCGAUCGUUGGAAACAUUGGUAGAGAUUUAGGCUUGGAGGUGAAGAGGCUAGUGUCCGGUAAAGCUCGUAUUAUAACCAGAGGAACUCGACAGUAUGUAGAUCUUAACCGAGACAAAGGGAUUCUCGUUGUUAAAGAGCGAAUCGACCGAGAGGAGCUAUGCGGACAGACUACCCCGUGUAGCUUCAGCUUUGAGCUUAUUAUAGAAAACCCCAUUCAGUUAUAUCGGGUUACAGUCGAGGUUCGCGACAUUAACGAUAAUACACCAUCAUUUCCAAAGGAAGAAAUUAGUUUGGAAAUCAGUGAAUCUGCCGUGUCAGCUACGCGCUUUUCCCUGGAGAGCGCCGUCGACCCAGACGUUGGUGUUAACGGUAUACAAAAUUACUAUCUCAAACCGACAGAUCAUUUCCAAUUAGAGGUACACAGCCUAUCCAACGGUGGUAAAUACAUCGAGAUGAUUUUACAACACCCCCUGGACAGAGAGAAGCAGGAGACCCUCUCGUUGGUGCUUAUAGCUACAGACGGAGGCGAGCCUCAGAGGUCUGGUACUGUCCGCAUCCAUAUUACAGUGCUGGAUGCUAACGACAAUGCACCAGUGUGUGGCCAACCAGUUUAUAAAGCAGACGUCAAAGAGAGCUCUCCGAAGGGGACUUUGAUAACCACCGUCAGUGCAAAUGAUGCAGAUAAAGGAAUAAACGGAGAAGUAACUUUUGCUAUGGCUCAUGUCUCCAAAGAAGCUAAAGAACUGUUUGAGCUGAACGUUAGCACUGGAGAAAUUAAAUUGGUAGCUAAAGUAGAUUUUGAAAAGACAAACAAUUAUCAAUUAAAUGUACAGGCAAAAGACCACUGGGGUCUUGCCGAUACUUGUAAAGUAGUUAUACAAAUUACUGAUGAAAACGACAAUGUCCCCACAAUACAGCUCAUGUCAUUUUCUCAUUCGAUUUCCGAGGAUUCUCCCCUUGGUACCACUGUAGCUGUUAUUAACGUAGAGGAUGCAGACUCGGAUGGGAACGGUAUCGUUCUGUGCUCUAUUAAUGCAGAUAUUCCAUUCCAAAUAGAGCCAUCGUUAACUGAUUAUUAUACAAUAGUCACCGAAAGUCCUUUGGAUAGAGAAACGGUGUCGGAGUACAACAUCACUAUUAAAGUUUCAGAUGAAGGCUCUCCGCCUCUCUCUAGCAGUAAGAACAUAACAGUUAAAGUAUCAGAUGUCAAUGACAACCCACCAAAGUUUGUUCAACCUGAAUAUAGUAAAUCUAUUCAGGAAAACAACUCGCCAGGGUUUUCGAUAUUUGCAGUGAGGGCAAGUGAUGCUGAUUGGGGCCAAAAUGCUCGUGUCUCCUACUUUCUUGAUGAUAAACAGGUUAACGGGUUGGCUGUGUCCUCUUUCGUCUCAGUAAACUCAGAAAAUGGUGCCAUCCAUGCUGUUAGGUCAUUCGACUACGAACAAAUCAAGUCGUUUGACUUCAACGUCACUGCACGUGAUGGGGGGUCUCCCCCUCUCAGUUCAGUGGUGGCUGUUAGAAUUUUGGUCCAGGACCAGAACGACAACGCGCCUCAGGUUCUGUACCCAGUCCAGACUACCAGCUCUCUGGUGGCUGAAAUGGUGCCUCGUUCAGCAGAUGUGGGCUAUCUUGUUACUAAAGUGGUGGCUGUUGAUGUGGACUCCGGACAGAAUGCCUGGCUCUCGUAUAAACUGCAGAAAGCGACAGACAGGGCGCUGUUUGAAGUGGGCUUACAGAAUGGAGAAAUAAGAACUAUACGACAAGUCAAUGAUAAAGAUGCUGUGAAACAAAGGCUCACUGUUGUAGUGGAGGACAAUGGGCAGCCCUCUCGUUCAGCUACAGUCAAUGUUAACGUGGUGGUGGCGGACAGCUUCCCUGAAGUGCUCUCGGAGUUCACUGACUUUACGCACGACAAGGAGUACAACGACAACCUGACUUUUUACUUAGUCUUGGCUUUGGCUGUAGUCUCAUUUCUAUUCAUCACAUGUUUAGUGGUUAUUAUAUCAGUGAAAAUAUACAGAUGGAGACAGUCUCGUGUCCUCUAUCAUUCCAAUCUCCCGGUUAUUCCGUAUUAUCCACCGCGUUACGCAGACACUUUGGGGACAGGAACUCUACAGCACGUGUACAAUUACGAGGUGUGCAGGACGACUGACUCCAGAAAGAGUGACUGUCAGUUCGCCAGACCCUGUAGUCAGAACGUACUGAUAAUGGACCCCAGUUCUACAGGGACGAUGCAGCGGAUGCAGAACGAACAGAACAUCCUGGAUGAACCAGACUCCCCACUAGAGGUGAGUUAA